GUUUGAAAUAGGCGCCGCCAUAUUAAUUGUUGUAGAUGUAAUUUGGUCAAAAUAAAAUAAUCAAAUAGUUUGAAUAAAACACUUAAAUAUAUUAUAUUAUAGAUUUUUAGCUAAACUACCGAAUGCCACAAGAUGGCUGCAAGAUUGAAACAUAUUGAAGUGGAGAACUUCAAAUCCUACAGGGGUAGGAAACUAAUUGGGCCCCUUAAACCCUUCAAUGCUGUUAUUGGUCCAAAUGGGUCAGGUAAAUCUAACUUCAUGGAUGCCAUCAGUUUUGUAAUGGGGGAGAAAACACAAAGUUUAAGAGUCAAAAGAUUAAGUGAUUUAGUUCAUGGUGCUGCUAUCAGUAGACCUGUUUCCAGAAGUGCUUCAGUAACAGCAAUGUUUAUUGUUGAUGAUGGCAGAGAAAUAGCAUUCCAGAGGUCUGUCCUGGGUUCAUCUUCAGAAUAUAGGGUUGAUGGAAAUGUUGUUUCAUCUAAUGAAUACCUUGGCGAAUUGGAGAAGUUAAAGAUUAAUGUCAAAGCCAAGAAUUUCUUAGUAUUUCAAGGUGCUGUUGAAUCAGUGGCAAUGAAAAAUCCAAAAGAAAUGACUGCCCUUUUUGAAGAAAUUAGUGGAUCGGGAUCCUUAAAAGAAGAAUAUUCUAGACUUCAACAGGAAAUGCAGAAGGCUCAAGAAGAAAUCAAUUGUGCAUAUCAGAAGAAAAAAGGUAUCAAUGCAGAGAAAAAAGAAGCCAGAUUAGAAAAGGAAGAGGCAGAUAAAUAUGCUCGACUAAAAGACGAUUUGAACGACAAAUUGGUUGAUCAUCAGCUUUUCCGCUUAUUCCACAAUGAAAGAGAGAUGAAAAACCUCGAACAAGAUCUCAAAUCCAAACAAAAAGAAGUUGAUAAAAUCGAAAAGAAGAAAGCGAAACAUGAAGACUUUCUCAAAGAAAAGAAGAAAGAACAUGGAAAGCACACCAGAGAAUUUGCGAAAGUCGAACAGGAUAUAAGAGAAGUAGAAGUAGAAAUAUCGAAAAAGAAGCCUCAAUUCAUUAAGGCCAAAGAAAGAGUAACUCAUAUGCAGAAAAAGUUGGACGGUGCUAUUAAGACAUUGGAUCAAGCUAGAAAAGCACACGAUGCUCAUAUGAAUGACAUUAAAAAAUUGGAGGAUGAAUUAGCAACUGUGGAGAAAAAGAAAGAUGAAUAUGAGACUCAAAUAGCUGGCGAAUCACAGAGCCAAGGAAGAGAUGUGCAUUUGGAAGAUGCUCAGGUAAGACAAUACCACAGAUUGAAAGAAGAAGCUGCUAAGCGAUCAGCACGAUACAUGCAGGAGUUAGAUUCUGUCAACAGAGAACAAAAGGCUGAACAGGAUCGCUUGGACAAUGUAUCUAGAAGUAGAACAGAUGCUGAGAAUAAACACAGACAGAAACUACACGAAAAAGAGGAGAUGGAGAAGAGAAUAGAAAAGUUGGCAGAACAUAUAAGAUCCAGUGAACAAGCUUUGCAAGAUCAGAAGCAACUACGAGAAGAUUUACAAUCAGAUGUUGGAUUUUCUAAGGACAGAGUUCACGAAAUUCAAAAGCAAUUAGAGGAUGUAGCUGAACAACUUGGUGACGCUAGAACAGAUAAGCACGAAGAUUCCAGGAGGAAGAAAAAACAGGAAAUUGUGGAAAGAUUCAAGAGUAACUACCCUGGAGUGUACGAUCGAAUGAUAAACAUGUGCCACCCCAUUCACAAGCGUUACAAUGUAGCUAUUACAAAGAAUUUGGGAAAGUAUAUGGAUGCCAUUGUUGUUGACACCGAACAUACUGGUAGACAAUGUAUUAAAUAUCUCAAGGAGCAAAUGUUGGAACCCGAAACUUUCCUUCCCUUGGACUAUCUUCAAACUAAACCAAUCAAAGAAAGAUUGAGGAAUAUAACUGAGCCCAAAGGAGUUAAGUUAAUCUAUGAUGUCCUUCAAUUCGAGCCUCAAGCAAUAGCCAAAGCAGUAAUGUUCGCGACUAAUAAUGCUCUCGUUUGCGAAACGCCAGAAGAUGCUAUGAAAGUGGCUUAUGAGCUAGGAGGAAGAUUAGAUGCCGUCGCUUUGGACGGAACUUACUAUCAAAAGUCAGGUAUUAUCUCUGGAGGUAGUUUGGACCUGGCAAGAAAAGCUAAGAGAUGGGAUGAAAAGCACAUGGCUCAGUUAAAAGCUCAGAAGGAAAAACUAACGGAAGAACUGAGAGAAGCUAUGAAAAAAUCUCGUAAAGAGUCAGAAUUAAACACUGUCGACUCACAAAUCAGAGGACUUGAAACUCGUUUGAGAUAUAAUAAAACUGACAUGGAUAGUACAAAAAAGCAAAUAAACCUCGUAGAAAGAGAACUUACUCGUCUAAAUGAAGAGAUGAAGAAAUAUGGUCCUCAAAUUGAAGCUAUCGAGAAGAGUAUGCAAACUCGCGAACAGCAAAUUGAGGAAAUCAAAUUGAAGAUGAACAGCGUCGAAGAUGUCGUAUUUUCAGAUUUUUGCCGUGAAAUCGGCGUUAAGAAUAUUAGACAGUAUGAAGAUAGAGAAUUGAGAGCACAAGAAGAGAGAAAGAAGAAAAGAUUGGAAUUUGAAAAACAAAUCAAUAGGAUUACAAGUAAUCUGGAUUUCGAAAGAAGCAGAGAUACACAGAAUAACGUCAGCCGCUGGGAACGCACAGUAAAUGACGAAGAAGAAAAAUUGGAAACUUGUAAGAAGCAAGAAGUUAAACAUAGGGACGAAAUAGACAAAGAUCUUCAACAAGUAGAACAGUUGAAGGCGACUAAAUUAAACAAGAAACAAGAAGUCGAAGCUGCCGCUAACGAAGUAGGUAAAGCUAGCAGAGAAGUAGGUGCUGUGGCGAAAGAAAUACAAGCUGCUCAAAAGGCGGUGGUUUCUUUGGAAGGAAAAAUCGAAGGGAAGAAAAGUGAAAGGCAUACCAUUCUUAUGCAGUGCAAGAUGGAUGAUAUAGCCAUACCUAUGAUAGUAGGAAAUAUGGAGGACAUUGCUGCUGCCGAUCCCUCCCAAUCUUCGUCCAAUGCCGAGACUAGUACCAGUGCACAACAACACGAAAAGGAAGCUAGAAUUAAGAUUGACUACAGCAGUUUAAGUGAUAACCUCAAAGAUCUCGAAGAAAGGGACGAAAUAAAGAAGCAGGCGGAUAAAUUGCUUAAGUCGAUCCAACAAUUACAAGACACACUUACCAAAAUACAAGCACCUAACAUGAAAGCUAUCGAGAAGCUACAACUCGCUUGUGGAAAGUUGCAAUCUACCAACGAAGAAUUCGAAAAUUUGAGGAAACAUAACAAGAAGGCUAAAGCUGCAUUUGAAAAAAUAAAACAGCAAAGGUACGAGAGGUUUACAAGAUGUUUUGAUCAUGUCUCAAACGAAAUUGAUAACAUUUAUAAGUCCCUGGCUCAGAAUCAAUCAGCUCAAGCAUUUUUGGGUGCCGAAAACCCAGAAGAACCGUACUUAGAUGGUAUCAACUAUAAUUGUGUUGCACCAGGAAAACGGUUCCAGCCUAUGUCUAACUUAUCGGGAGGAGAAAAAACAGUGGCCGCUUUAGCUUUGCUAUUUGCAAUCCACAGCUAUCAGCCAGCUCCGUUCUUCGUUCUUGACGAGGUUGAUGCUGCUUUAGAUAACACCAAUAUUGGAAAAGUUGCUAAAUACAUUAGAGAGAAGACUGAGUCUUUGCAGACUAUUGUUAUUUCGUUGAAAGAAGAGUUUUAUUCACACGCUGAUGCUUUGAUUGGAAUUUGUCCAGAAAUCAAGCCUGCGGAUUGUCUUAUUAGUCAGGUGCUAACAUGCGACUUAACGAAAUACGACAUGUUCUGACCCGAGGAAAAGAAAACCGUAGAAGAAAAAAAGGAUAAAGGUUUCAAAAAGAAGAAAUAGUUAAUUUAUUUUUACAUUUUUGAUAAAACGUACAACGGUCAUAGUUUUAAGUUCAUUUUUGAGGUUUUAGUUCAUUGAUCAUUUUUGAAAAUUAGAAUUAUUUUAGCUUACUAUAAAUAACUUACUAUAAAUAACUUGUUCAGGU